ACCUUAGUUGUGAUCAAAAUGAAGUUCGCUUGCAUUACUAUUGUGGUCUUGGCCGCCAUUCUCGGGGCUCAGGCAGUCGACUGGCAGUCGGUCAAGAACCUGAACAUCGAGAUUCCGAUGCCCACAUCCCAUGGCGAGACUCUGCCCAGCGGAAGGAUUACCGGAGGAGAAAUAGCAGACUUCACCCAGUUCCCCUUCCAGGUGGGACUACUCCUGUACGUGGCAGGAGGAGCUGCCUGGUGCGGUGGCACCCUCAUCAGCAAUCGUUGGGUUCUGACUGCCGCACAUUGCACAGAAAGCUUGACCAGCGGAGUAGAUGUCUACCUGGGCGCCUGGGAUCGUACCGAUUCCAAGGAGGAGGGCCAGCAGAUCGUCUUCGUGGAGAAGAAGAAUGUGAUCGUACACAAAGAUUACAAUGCUACCCUCAUCAGCGACGAUAUUUCCCUGAUUAAGUUGCCAGUUCCCAUCGAUUUCAACGACUACAUCCAGCCCGCAAAACUACCCGUGAAGGGUGAGACCUAUUCCACCUACGAAGAUGAAACGGCCCUUGCCUCCGGCUGGGGCAAGAUCAGCGACUCUGCUACUGCAGUCACCGACAAACUGCAGUUCAUCGAAGUUCCCAUCAUGGCCAACACCCCGUGCAACCGCUGGUUCCUUGGCUUGGUUGCGGACACCAACAUCUGCAUCAAGACCACCGGCGGCACCUCCACCUGCAACGGCGACUCCGGCGGUCCUCUGGUCCUGGCCGACGGCAGCAACACCCUGAUCGGAGCCACCUCCUUCGGAAUCUCCCUCGGCUGUGAGGUCGGAUGGCCCGGCGUGUUCACCCGCAUCACCUCCUACCUGGACUGGAUCGAGGAGAACUCCGGUGUGGUCAACAAGGGCGACUAAGCCUCGAUUUUGAACUUAAAAUAAAAGUUUAUUUUUGGAUUACAAGAAA